AUGCCUUCUUCGCACCGUCAUAGCCUGGGUGGAGAAAAGGAUGGCGUGCCUCCUCACCUGCUGGACGAAACUCCCAUUGCGCGGGGCGUGCAUUCCCCAUCCAACAGCGACGACGAGGAGCACGCUGUGAGACGUGGCUCUCGCAAGCAAUCCGUCGUGGCAUCUCUCAAGGCGAAUUAUGGACUGGCCGAAACACCUAGCUAUCCCGGCAGUGUCGAAGUGGGAUAUGAUAGCACCCAUCGGAAGUUGAAGCCCCGACAUAUUCAACUGAUUGGUAUUGGGGGGACGAUUGGCACGGCUCUGUACGUGCAGAUUGGGCGAGGAUUGCUCAAUGGUGGGCCUGGGAGUUUGUUUCUGGCCUUUACCAUCUGGUGUACAUUCAUACUUUGCGUCACAAACUGCAUGGCAGAGAUGGUCACCUAUCUCCCCAUUUCUUCACCCUUUAUCCGAUUUGCAGGCCGCUAUGUCGAUGAAGCGUUUGGCGUUGCUGCAGGCUACAACUUCUUCGUCUUUGAAGCGAUGCUGGUCCCCUUUGAAAUCGUGGCGUGCAAUGUCAUCAUCCACUUCUGGAGCGACGUCGUCCCCGCUGGUGGCAUCAUCGCAAUUGUGAUUGUCUGCUACGCCCUGGUCAAUCUGUUCGCCGUGCAGUGGUACGGGGAGACGGAAUUUUGGCUCGCAUUGGGCAAAGUCCUCUUGAUCGUUGGGCUAAUCAUCUAUACGUUUAUUGUCAUGCUGGGCGGAAAUCCCCUUGGUGAUCGAUUUGGUUUUCGAUAUUGGAACAACCCGGGCUCCUUCACGGAACUCUACUACGACGGCUCGCUGGGCAGGUUUCUGGGCUUCUUGCAGUGUCUGAUCCAAGCAUCCUUCACCAUCGCCGGGCCGGACUACGUCUCCAUGGCAGCCGGCGAGGCUGAGAAUCCACGCAAAGUCCUCCCGAGGGCGUACAAGGCCGUCUUCUACCGCCUCACGGCGUUUUUCAUGCUCGGCUCCCUCUGCGUCGGCAUUCUUGUGCCGUACAACGACCCAGAACUCACCGAGGCCUUUUCGACAGGGAAACCCGGCGCCGCUGCGUCUCCUUACGUGGUGUCUAUGAACAGACUGCGCAUCAAGGUGCUUCCCCACAUUGUCAACGCCAUGGUUCUAGGCAGCGCGUUUUCAGCAGGUAACAGCUACGUCUACUGCGCCAGUCGGAGUCUGUUUGGGCUGGCGCUCGAGGGCAAAGCACCCAAGCUUUUCACCCGCUGCACCAGGAACGGGGUGCCGGUAUACUGCGUGGCGCUGGUGCUGUUGAUCAGUCUACUGAGCUUUUUGCAAGUCAGCAACGAUGCCGCCGUGGUGCUGAGCUGGUUUGUCAAUCUGGUCACGGCGUCACAACUGAUCAACUUCUCUGUCAUGGCCUUUACGUUCCUCAAGUUCAAGCGCGCCCUCGAGGUGCAGGGCAUCGACCGCAACACGCUGCCGUACAAGUCGUGGUGGCAGCCCUUUUCGGCCUACUACGCCCUGGUGGGCACCUUCAUUAUGACCUUUGUCGGCGGCUACACCGUCUUCCUCCCGGGCUUCUGGGACGUGCCCAGCUUCCUGUUCAGCUACACCAUGAUCGGCGUGUUUCCCUUGCUGUUCCUGUUUUGGAAGUGGUUCAAAAAGACAAAGUGGCUCAAGCCGCAUGAGGUCGAUCUGACCCGCGAUAUGGACGAGAUUGCAGAGUACGAGCGCAAUUAUGUCCCUCGGCCGCCUAGGUGA